UACUUCGCUGUGGAGAAAACAGUUACAGCAAUGAGCUUGUAAAACUGCUUGAUUCUUGAAAAGAACUCUUUUUACCAGCUAGAACUCAUGCCAAAAUACAGCACAAGGACUUAUGGCCGAAAUCGCAGCAAAGAGUCGCAAAUUUCCAGGGAAUUUGAUGAAAUUCAGAAGAGCGAAAAUUCGAAUUCGUCCUCUACUUCAGAAAACACUUUCACAAAAAAACUCAGCAGAAAGUCACCAUGGUCGAGAACAAGUAGGGUCGUUGAACUAAGUGUUAACAACUUGGCAAAGGAAGCAACUGUAGACGGAUCAAAAACAAACAAACGCAGGAAAUUAGACGUGAUUGAGGAGAAAGACCCAUUCGCUUUUGACGAAGAUGACGUGACGACCCAAGGCUCAAAGAAAAUCGUAUCUCAAAGUAACGCCAUCACUAAACAACGAAUCACAAACCAGGCAUUAACAACAGAAUUUACCGAUAAAAGUACAGAUGAUGAAGCUUAUAGUAGCUCACAGGAAUUGAGUGAAACUUCCUCACAGGGCGGUGAAAAAAAGGUUUCCGGUAAUUACAGGAAAAAGCCAACUGGGGUAAGUCUAAGUAUAUUUUUCUGAGGGAUAGAGGGAAAAUAAUUCUCCAAUUUCAGUGAACUAUCGAGCUUGCAAUUAUUAUUUUAUUCAUCAAAUUUUUGCGUGGAACGAAUGAAAAAUAAAACAACACCAGGAGAAGAGCAGCAGGUUCCCUUAAAGUGCUUUAUGAUCAGGCAUCACAGUGUUCGUAUAAUGUGUUUAUGUUUUGUUAUAACAGGUGAGUUUGCUCAUAGAUGUGUGCAGUUUUAUCACGCGGGUCUUCUAAGAAAUGUUUUACUUUAGUUGUCAAUGAAAAAAUCAUAGUAUUUGGUACUAUUAGAAAAUCACCCUGGAUCUAGUAUACCCAAAAAACUUAAAUUAGUUAAUAAACUUAUUAAUUAGAAUUAACACAUAACAAAAUGAAUUAAAAUGUGAUAUGUCCAUUCUUGUGAACUUCAUUGGCUUCAACACAUUAGUAAUCAUCACAGUUGUGUACACUUCUUAAGCAGUUAAAAAAAAAAACCUGAAACAUAUUCAGGCUUGAACAAGAUUCCCAUGACCUGUUUGAUGCCAAGUGCUGCAGUGCUCUUACCACUGAGCUAUCAUGCCAAUUGUGAGCUGGUCACUUUUUGAGUUUGUAAUAUACCGGUAGCAGAUGAAGAUGUGAAAAUGAACAAAUUACAUUUUAUACAUGUUUAUCACUUCUGUGUUAAAUCUUUUUCCCACAGUUCUAAUGUAUGAAAUUUCUUCCAUUCAUUUUCAUGUCAAUGGCUUUGUAGAGAUGGUACAGCUGCCAUUGUCAUCCUGGUAUUGACCACAGAUGGUACUGUUUGUCUGUAGUAUUUUUUCUUUUCAUAUUGUUUCUUUGUUACUUUGCAGUCCCCUUUCAAAAAUUUUCUAAAGAACAAUGACAAGUCAUUAUCACCAAAUAAAAGCAACUCUUUAAGGAGACUUUCAGCCUUGGUAAGAGCUUAAUAAUAUUAUUAUGUUUACAUUUCUUAUACUUUAAAGAGAACUUUGCUCCUUGACCCACCUACUCAUAGGCCAGGUUGUAGUCACUCAGGUUUACAAUACAAAAUGUAUUAACAACUUUUUUCAAACUUAGAGUAGCUCGCUGAUUUUACUGCAGUAGGUGGCUAAAAAAGCCAGCUGCCAGCUCCUGAUGACAGCCCUGAAUUAACAAGAACCUCAAAUUACAAAAUUGGGUUGAAAAUUUUGCUUUUUCUUGGGUUAAAGGGAAUCAUCUUGGAAGAAAUCCAUGCAGCGUGCAAAGAAAGUAGUUUCUGAUAGCCCGGGGCUAGUGGAUUUUGCUAUUGGGCUAGUGAAUUCUGUUCUUAACUUGCCCGACGGGCAAGUGAAGUAUUUUGAGGAAUUCAGCCUACAGAACAACUGUGAAAUCAUUUCUGCUCAUCAAAAAUUUGGGGGGGGGGGACUAGUUGAAAUGACCUUCAGGCUAGUAAAUGCUAGCUUCAGCUUGCCCGAAUGGCAAGCUGUAAAAAUGACUUUCUUUGCACACUGUCCACGGCUAGCAUACAUGCAUAGCACAAUGCGUAGACCACAGAAUUUUAUCUCUGCAGCCCUCUUUGUUUUAUUUUGGUAAUGAUUUAAUUUACUUUAUGACUGAUUAUUGUUAGAUUCAGUUUGUCAUUCCUAAACCAGUCCCAUGUGUUGUUUUGAUUGGGCAUUGUAGUCCCUCUUACCUCCUACCAUCCUUGUUUGUAUGGCCGCCCAGUUUAUAUUAUACCCAUUGGCUCUAUUUAUUUUGUUUGAAGCCUACUAGUGCAGAUUUUAGUGAGGACUCCCCAGAUGAUGAGUACGCUGAUGUUCCAAGUGUCAAACGGACUUCAUCCUGGCCACAGCCAAAGAAAGAACACUCUGCGAGUGCAGUAAGAGUUAAAAGAACAGAGAAACCAGUGAGUCAAUAGUCAUUGUUACAGAUCAGCAAGUAACAUCAAUAUCUGUGACUUUUUUUGAAUUUCAACCUCCAGUUUGUGAAAAACUUUGUUACUAGUAUUAUUAUUUUUUUUAAAUAACAUUGCAGUUUCCUGUCUUUGUUUUUGCCAUGAUGGGUAACAAUUAUUUUUUUGCAAUUCUAGCUUUUUACAGUUGUGAGAAAUGUGAAACAAGUUCAUGAAUGCUUGGAGUCUGGCGAGGAUCAGCAGGUGUGAUAUAGUGUGACACUGAAAUUGAAACUUUGUAAUAUUAAUAAUAAUAGCAGUAGUUUCAUGUUGGAAAAAACAAACAAACAAACAAAAAAAGUAAGCACGAGUUCAGAAAAAAAAUUAAAUAAAAUUGAUUUUGAUUAUUGAAUUGUUCAAUUAGCACUUCUGUUAGGAUGAGUCAAUUAUGUACACUCAGGUUCAUUAAAAAUCCAGCUGACAGAGGGCUAACAGUGUCACUGGAUCUUGGAGUAGAUUAAUCAUCACUGAAAAUGUGGGGAAAAUCCCAUAAUUAUAGAUUCCAAGUAACCUCAGUCUGUAUUGUUUUAUACAUGGAAGGUGAUAAGAUUUGGCAGCAUGACUUGCUUCCCUCUUUUCUUGGUUUAAAACUCUUUGCCUCUUGCAGUUGACAACUUCCUCAUAACCUUCCAGGACUACCUUUGGGAAACUACCCAAUCUAGUUAAUCAAUAUUAAAUAGAUUGUAAUAUCUCCUCCUAUUUCAUUCAGCAUGUAGUAAGUACUGAAUUUAAAAAACCUUGAUCUUUUAAAAAACACUUAGCUUUCAUUUCAUUAUGACCAAAGAUCAGCGUGCAAAGAAAGGCGUGUCCAAUAGCCCAUGGCUAGUGGAUUUUAUUAUCGGGCUAGUGAAUUCUGUCUUUAACUUGCCCACCUGGCAAGCAAAAUUUUUUAAGGAAUUCUAAUCACAAAAGAACUGUUAUCAACCCUGCUCAUCAUUGGGCUAGUUAAGAUGACUUUUGGGCUAGUACAUGCUAACUACAGCUUGCAUGAAUGGCAAGCUGUAAAGUUGACUUUCUUUGCUCCCUGAAGGAUAGUAAUGCAGAAUAACAUAGAGAUGUAUACUGGCAUGUGAUGACUUUUUCUUAGUUCUUUGAUGAUGUCGAGUACCUUCUGGAUGGCCUCAAAGAGAGCCGAUCAAUAUCAACACGUUGCCUUAGUGCCCUGGACUUUGCAUCACAUUGUUCUCAAACAUUGUUUAGAGUGAGUCUAAGAGCCCAUGGAUUUUCACCCAAGAUUUUUUCAUCCCUUCAAGAUGCUCCCUCCGAUAAGGUGAGGAUUCCAAUAAAUUGAAACAGUUAUCACAUUGUCUUAACAAGAGUCCAUGCCAGUAAUGUUUUGUAAUGAUGUAGGGUUUAUCGAUGGUUCCCAGGAAGUGGUAUUAUUUAUCCAUUACUGACAAUGCAAAAGAGAAGGAGACACGGUCUAAUGAGCCACUUGGCUCAAAAAUACAAACUUAACCUUCACCUUUUACAAUGUAUAACAGUUACCAGUGCCGUACAAACAACUUAUCGAUGAGAUCAAGCAAAACUGACUACGAGAGAACGACUGGAGAACUGGCAAUUUGACUAACAAUAGGCGACUGUUUAACUGUGACAAUAGACAGAUUGAAACGCACCAAUUACUGAUUACGAGUCUUCAUAGCCAAUAACAUCACAGCUUAACUGACAGACGACCAAUAACAUCACUAUGUCAUUGACCAAUCAGAUCAAUAACCAGAGUAUAAUACCAUUAACUGAUGUGAUACAACUCACUUUGACUCUGAAGAUGACUACCGCACAGGUUGUCGAAAUGUCAAUCAUUGUCAACGACAACAGUCCUAUUCAGGACUACAUUCACCCGGACGAUCAAACUCAACCUACUUUUUAUUAAAUACAGUUGACUCCCGAUAACUCAAACCCUCGCUAACUCGGACCUAGCGGUAACUUGAACCAAAAUCAAUUGCCCCUGGAUUUCUGUCAUACAUUUACUGUAAUUUUACCCUUGGUAACUCGAACCCUCGAUAACUCAUACCUCCCGCUAACUCGAAGUAGUUUUUUCCCCCUCAGAUCAUUUCUAUAUAAUUUUACCCUUGAUAACUCAAACCAUGUUUUGAGCCCUUAAAAAUUCGGAAAAAACAGUCUACUAGUGUCCGAAACAUUGAAUUUUGAAUUCCCACUGGCGUGUUGUACGCAUAUAGUUUACUAGUGGAGGCUGUUUUGUUUGUCACAAAUCUAACGUGAAACAGCUUUACUUCCCAAAACAGUAAAACACAUGCUCUGUUUAGGCUUUUGUUUUGUUAUGUUACGUUCUGUAUUAUAAUUUAGAAGUAUCUUUCAAUUUUUUACUUAACAUUUCUACAAUUAACUGUGUUUAAAAUGUUCACCCUGUGGUAAAAACUGUUUUUUCUUUACUCCCGGGUAUUUUCUUCGAGCUCCCAAUAACUCGAACUUUUUUCUAUUUCCCUUAAGGUUUGAGUUAUUGAGAGUAGACUGUAUACAUGUUGGUGCAGUGAUGCAGUGACUAGCAUUUUUGCACUUUUACUCGGUUAAUACUUUAAUUAUUUACUCAUCCUAUUGCCAUUCCAGUGUCUUGCUCUUUGUACAUCAGCUAUAACCUUGAUGUUAUCUCAAGAUCGUCAAAAUGCUGACUUGGACAGAUUUGCUCUUGGUGAGACCCAUUAUCAUCUGCUGUCAUGUAGAUUGCUCUUCUCUUAUUCCUUUCAAAAAAAGUCCCAUAUAAUAUACCAUGCACUUAUUGCCUGUUAGUGGACUAACCAUGCCCUUCGGCAGUGUCAUGAGAUAAAUUUGACACAGCUCUCAAAUAAUGUCCAAUGUCUUUGUGACAGUAGGGAGUUUUAGCAACGAGGAUGGCAAUGGCAGCCAGAAUGUCACUAUUAAAAGUCUUCGCUUUGUUUCAAAGUUUGUCUCAAUAAUUCAGCUCGCUUUAAUAAAAUGUCAAAUGUAGCUAAAUAAUUAUCAUUGGAAUUAAAUUAAUGGGAACCUUAUGGAAGAUUAGAAGAAGAAAGACAAAUAAUAUCAUUAAUUUUGUUGUUGUGUGUUUACAUCCAUAAAACUUCCCACGCUGGAAUGUCACAUUGUAGUGGUUCUUUUUUUAUGUCCUUGUUGUUGUCACCAUCAUGACCUUUGCUGUAUCAUUAGUUAACAUAAUCUCUAGGCCACCUUCAUAAUUGACAUACUGGUGUAUUAGUGGACUGACUUUAUACUCUGGUUUGUUUAUCAGAGCUGAUUAUUAAGUUACUGGCAGUUGAUAGCAACAAUCAACAGUCCAAGAUACUGAAGGAUUACAACAAAUAUGUUACUAAAGUCAGGUUUGUUUUAAGCUUUAUAUCUGUUCAUUAUUAAGCAAAAAAUACAAUGAACAUAUUUUAAAUUUCCGAGCACUACUCAAAAGACCUUUAGUUAAUUGAAGGAUAGGAAAGACCUUACCUUAAUGAGAGCAGGUAAAAACCCCAAGUCCGAUUGCUUGGGGCAAGUAUAUUUUGAUGUUGGGCAAGUAAAAAUAGAAAUUUUAUCCUUAGUAGUCCUAUGAGUCAAAUCCUGUAGUUACUCUGUAUCUGGUACAGAAUUUAAGUACUUGUCAAUCUAACCUGCAAUCAGGCGGUCCUUCUUCCCUUGUGAUUUAUAGAUGAAAAAAAAAAUACUGCCUGAUCGCAGGUUACCAGUGAUCUAAUUGAUACACUUUGUUGCAAAUCUAUAAUUUAUAAUAGACAGUACCUAGUACCGUAGAACUAUAAAAUGAUGAUGAGGCACUCUGUUCCCUUGAGACAAGUCAUAUUUAUAGAUAGGGGCACGUGAAAAAUGUAGUUUACUCGCCCACUUGGCUAGUGGAUUUCAAAUUUUUUUUCUGCCCUGUUAAUGACAAUCAAAUGUUAUUAUUCCGCAACAUGUUUUAGCAAGUAGUAUUGAUUUUAUACCAAAUUUGUUUUUGUUUGCUUCUUGUAGAACGUUACUAGAAAAACAAGGUGCAUCAGAUGAAUUACUGGCAACCGUGGGUGAUGAUAUCAAUGUAAGCCAUAGAGUAAUAUUAUGCACAGUUUAAUCACUUUGUUGCAGAUAAACUGGCUGAUUAUAUCUUUAGUGGUGGGAAACAUUUUGUGGGCCCUACAGAGUUAUUGCCACCCACCUAGAAUAGCUAAGGGACCGACCAUUAGAAAAGUUAUGGGGGUGGGGGGUGGGGAAUUUUCUAGCCACAGGAAUUUUUUUUCGUUAUCAAAUUCCUUGUAUGAAUAUUUUUUAGGCCAUAGCAUGAAUACUUUUUAGGGUUAAUUGGCAUGCAUGAAUUUUUUUUUUUGGAUUUAAUUUUCCCUUGCGCGAAUAUAAUUCUAGCUAAUUCUAGCUAAUUGUGGGUAACAUAGUCAUAUUAUAAAUUAUUUUCAAAUUGAAUAAACUAUUGUUGGUGGUGAGAAAAAAAUGAUACUUUAGCAAUAAGUAAAAUGCUUAUGCUCAUUAUCCAUCAAAACAGAGAAGGUAGUAAUGUUGUUCUGCUCUUAACUUCAGCCUGCAUCUCUGGCUUGCGAGUCCUUGCUGUCAUUGACGUCACAGAGAACAGGGGAGUGGUUCAAGGAAGAGAUCCGACUUCUGCAAGGACUGGAUCAUAUUAUGGACAUAGGUAAAGUGAUGCCAAUUUUCAAACUACUGUGUUUUAUGCAAUACACAUACUUGCACAUUUUUUGUAAAAUGUAGGUCAAAUAUGGCAGUAAUAAUAACAAUUAUUGAUGCCAAAGAGCUUAAUCUUCUUAUAAAUACCAGUAAUAAAAUGAUAAAUAUUGAAUACAAAGGUUACACAAUGCAAGCUCUGCCUUCAUACAAGUGGUGCAAAGUACAAGCUCCUUCGUUCAUCAAUGAAUUUGGGCAAAACGUGAAUAACACUGGGGCCCUGGUUAGGCAAAGAUUGUCAUCAAGAGAAUGUACAUUCCUGUUUGUGUCCUUGGUACAAAGAGAUUGAUCAAAGUAACAAACUUAAACAUCAGCUCUUUUGGACCUCAAAGUGUUUAUCCUGAGACAAAGAUGAAGCUCAUUGAUGAUGAAAUAUAUCAAGAAUGAGAUGCAGUAUUUCAUCACCAGAUGAAACACUGAGAAGAGAAACAAAAUGAUUUUAGAGAGAAAUUAAGGAUGCAAAACUGAGCAGUUUUUCACCUGAUUUCCAAACGCUCAUUGAACAUUAAUUUCCUUGUGAAUUAUUAAUAAGUUUGAGAAGUAAAGGUCAAUUUGCAGGACAGUAGUAUAGAUUUAAGGGAAGAAAUUAAGAGUAAGUUCUUGUUGAAUACAUUGCUAAAGUAAUAAUAUGUUCCUUUAUGUCCAAUACCUACCAUUGUUGUUUAGGUGUUAACACUAUUGGCCAGCUUCUAACAAGACACUCAGAUGGCAAAGUACAGUCUGAGCAUGUACCAAUUUCUAAGCUGAAGAAGAUGACAAGAUGCAUGAAACUACUUGAAAAUGUGAGCAAUUAAUUGAUCAUAAAAAACAGUAAUUUUCAUUCAAAAGUGUGUGCCUUGAGAAAAGCCCCAAGUGACUUCUGAUAAACUUCAAAUUCUCCUUUUAGACUGUCCCAUAACUUCAUAACAAACAAAGGAGAAUUUGUUACGAGACCACAAGUCUCUUAGGGCUUUUUCCACUCUCUCCUUCAAUUGUUUCCUUACAAGACACCUAGGUACUUAGUGCUCUAAGCUCAACUUUUUCCGAAGUAGACUUUGAACCUAAAAUUUCAAUGAAGAGAUAAAUAGAUAAUCAAAAUGACUGCCAAACCAUCACAAACAAAUGAUAGCCAGGUGAAUUAGAAAGAAAAUUGAGCUUAAGAAAUUAUUUAUGUUUCCUGCAAAUGUUUCAUUAUCAUUGGGAUCAUAAAGAGAAACUAAUUAAAACAUGCUCUUUGGCUUGGCAAAUUAUGGCCAAAAAAUUUCUUUGUACUCACCUUGAAGACCAAAAUGGUUGCAGCUUGCUGUGCUUGUGCUCUUCAGAACUUGUCCAAAUAUCUAUGUGCAUUCCAGAUUGAAUUGGAAUAUUUAAGUGUUGGUUUUUGAAGAGAGGAAAACCAGGUAACAUGGAGAAAAACCUCAACAAACAAUCAAGAAAACCAACAACAAACUCAAUGUUCAUACAGCUUCACUUUUGCAGGUCACAUUGGUUUAAGGCAAGUGCUCUCACCUGACUGUACACCAGUCCCUUGCUCCCCUAAACUGUAUGCCAGGCCUUUGGUGUUAACAUUUGUUUUAUUUACUUAUGAUCUUAUGCUGAUAGGUUACAAUCCAGAAUUCAAGUAAUCAGCAGUACAUUAUAAGUUACGAGAAAGGUUAUUUUGUCUCUGCAUUGGUCAGGUAAGGCAGAUUCUCUGUGGAUAAAUGGUGUAUGAAGAUUUUCAUAAUCUUCUUACUGUUAAUAAUUAUUAUUAACAGUAAGUAUGUAUGUAAAUAUUAUAAUAUUAUGUAAAUAUUAUAAUAUUAUGUAAAUAAUUUAAUAAUGUUCUGUGCUAAGUGAUCAAGAACUGGGGCUAGACUAUCAAAGUUCAUUUUUUAGUUUUGUGGCCUUAUAGCAAACUUAAAAGUGUCAUGCAUCGGACAGAACAAUGAUUUUUGUGUUUUUCAUGUGUACGGUAUUUUAAUGUCAGUUUCUUGGUAUAUUUACACUCAGUGAACAAGCUUGGACAAACAAUCUUUGUUUUUAAAUCCUGCAAAAACAUACAUGUACUGUUCUGUUUGGUGAUUUUGUUUGUCUCAGCUCGAUCCAAUAAGUUAAGCUAAAUAGUUAAUACUGUUUGGUUAUUUUCCAGGUUAUUACAGCUAUGUCUCAAUGCCCUGAACAAUGGCAUCUCACAAAAGAAAGUCAAGGUGAAACCAGACAAAGCUUUUGAAGAUUGCUUUUUCAGUAUUCUGAAAGUUUUCCUGAAUCUUACUCACAACUUUGGUAAGUCCACUUGCAACUUGGAUUUCAGUGAAACUGCAUCAAAGAUUUUCUUGGUCCCUUUUUCUUGCAAAUAAAAUGCUUCAAUUUUAAAGAUUCAAGUCUCAUAUCUGAUUUCCGGAACCAUAAUUUUCUUCAUGGCCAUUCGCCAACCAAAGAUCAUACCAUCCUCCCCAGUUCUUUAAGAUCACCUGCAUAUCGGUCCCUAGCUCCCUGGGAUCAAAUGUGUGACUAACACCCCUGCUCCCUGGACCAGCUUAUUCCAACUGAGCUAAACUAGGUGCCAUUCAAUGAUUAACACAUUUUUAGUAGCCUAAGCACAUGGAAUACUGUGGAGUAUUUGUUUUGAGUUGUUGAUGAUCAAGGUUGUAAGAGGUAAAUGAGAGGAGUUACCUGUUUCCCCCACCCUGUCCCCCUCCAUCCCCACCCUGCCCCCUGUGUUAUGUUAUGUGUUGUGUAUCUUGUUUUUUUUUCUUAGCAGUUAAGAACAUAGCACAGUGGUAAAGUUUUGGUAAUGUGUUUAAGAUACAUCAAUAUCCAUCGUCUUAUCAAGAAUGUUUUAAGUACCAUGAAUUCUGUAGAUACUUGGUGGAAAAUACCAAGAACUUAAACUAAACCAGAGUGAAUUAUGUUUCACCUUUUAGCCAAAAAUGGUCAUUUUUGUGAGGUUUCGUGUAUUUAUUAUUCAUUACGAUUUAUGAAAAUAAAAGUUAUCCUUGGCAAAACCAUUCCUCUUGACCUACACCAUCUAUGAACAGUACUCGAAAACUUGUUCUUGUAGAGGCAGGCAGCUCAUGUAUUGGACAGCAAGAAGGUUUCCUUUCUUCUCUUCUCUUGACUGUUUUACAGGUUAGUAACACCUCAACAAACAUUUGGAAGAAAACAUUAAUGUUACCAUACUUGUAAUUUGAUAAUAAAAUUAUUAGUUUCAGUUGACAAGCAUUCUUUCACCUUUUUGGCUUUUAGAAGUGAUGCUGCAUCAUAAUACUGUAAAUAAAGUUACUAAUUUUUUGGUAUGAUUAGAGCAGUCCUCGGAGUUGUAAUAUUCUAGGCAGAUUUGUAAUUUAGUACAAUCAAUUCUCUGUAAGACAGAUGCCCUUGGGACUGGCUCUAUUUGUCCGUCUAUAGAAAGUCAACUAAAAGGAGCAAAGAAAGACGGACCAACUGGAGGUGUCAAUUCGAGCAAGGUGUCCAUCUUAUAGAGGUGUCCCUUAGGAGAGAGUUUACUGUAAUGCAGGAAAAGUGUCACUGUAUAAACAAAGUAAAAGUCAGUUAUAACAUCGAAUUGCAUGUUGGUGUCACCAUGAAGCAUCCAUUUUCAAAUUUAAAUUUGCAGUGGAUGACUGUUUUGUUAUUUUGUUAUUAUGUGCCAUUUUUAACACAAACAUUAUGAUUUGUUUGUUGUUAUUUAAGUUGCCACAGUUUGUUGCUGAGAGUAAAAUGUUUGACCUGCACUUGCUGGUAAGUGUUUAUUUGUCCAUUCAAGAAAAAAUGUAAGGCUGUGAUCAAAUAUCAUAAUUUUCAUUAAAAAUGUUAUUAUAAAAAGUUUGUCAUUUAGUACAUUUUUUUGUUUUGUUAUUUCAGAGUUUGGAGCUCUUGUACAACAUUGUUGAAGAUAGUAAACAGAACAUUGCCACCCUGGUGCAGCUACGUACCUCCCCAUGUCUUGAGAGUCAAGAGGUAGAUAAUCAGGGGGACAAGAUCAGUGCUAUUGAGGCUCUUGUGCAAUUGUUCCUCAUUAGAGAGAAAGCUGCUAGAAAUACAGAUGAGAUGACGUCAGGUUUAUCAACUGAAGGUAACGCCUUAAACCCCUAAUGGUGACUAAAAUCUUAUUUCUCCUAGCCUGCAGUGCAGGAUUAUUUUGGGUGGACGAAAGCUACUUGUAUAUGUUCAUAUUGUUGUAGCCGCCAUCUUGGAUUUUAUGACGGAGGAAGACAGGGGAGGGUAGAAAUAGUAACCCUUAACUCUUUUGGAGUUUCAACAUGGCACUUCUGCAACCAAAAACAUUUGUGCGCCUGAAGAAAACGCCUGCACUGCAGCCUAUAUUUCUCCUUAAAAAUGCACCCCUUAAUUAAUCUAAAGGUCAUGAGAGAAAAGGAAAAUAAUAUUCACAGAGUUGUUGAUUGUUAAUCAAUUCUUCUCACUAUUACCAUAGAAACUGUAUGAAGAACAGUAUUACAAUGUCUGUUGAUAUCAGGAAUGGUUUAAAAGGUUUUUAAACCACUUUGGUGGGUUGAGUACUGACCUGUGAUGACAACAGGUCUGACAUUUUAUAGAAAAGUUUUUUAUAUCACAGAAAAUAAAGUCUACAAUACUGGCUUAGUGCUCAGGUUUCUGAACAGAUGGAGUAAAUUGUUUGACUUUUUUUCCUUGUUUGACUUAAACUGAUUCCUGGAGUGUGUUUCAUCUACUAAUCAACUGGUCUUUUUUUAUUGAUUAGAGGAGAGCAGUCAAGACUCCCUGAAACAGACCAAAGAUGGGGGUUGGAUUUGUGGAGAAGACAUUGAUGUUUCUGUAGACGAAGGAAGCAAAAACGACACUGAAGUACAAGAAGAAGUGCUGCCACUUGAAGUGCAGCUUGGUAAAGGUAAGGGCUGAGUUUGUGGUGCCAGUAUUCUGUUUUAUUGAUGGUUUCUUGUUGUCGCAGAUGGUGCAAUCACAAAAUGAUAUACUUGUGAUAUUUUUAAAAUACCACACAGUGUAGGGCUCAAAAACAAACUUAGAUUUCAGCUCUUACAUUUUGUAAUUCAUUGUUUCCAUUUCAUGAGAGAUUUAUUCUGACUGGUCAGAAUUUUUUUUUUCUGUGCAGCUCUACAAAAAGCUGGUGAGCACAUGGAAGACAGCGUUGUGGCUGCAUAUGUCUCACUUCUCCUUGGUUGCAUAUUACAAGAUAAUGAGGUGAGGCUGUGGUUAUUAAUCAAUAAAAAUCAAAAUAAAAUCUUAACAUUGAUAUAACAUAUGUUGCUCUUGUUUGAUGAUACCACUAGUUUGAGAAUGUCCUUGCGGUUAUGCUCAAUUUAAUUUUUCUUUGUUUCCACCAUUAUCAUACUUAACUAAAAAACAAGGAAAAUAACUUAACCAAGGAUAAAAGAGUACUGAACCACUCAUCUAACACACCAUAGCUACUGAUAUAGUAAAGAAAAACUAAAACUAAAAUUCUUAAAAUUUGUCACAGGCAAACCAAAGCUUUAUCCGUGGUCUGUUGCCCGAUGGAGAUUUUUCCUUGCUUGUUAUUGUUUUAAGAAAAUUUCUCCGCUUCAUUAAACUCACAGUGAGUACUAUUUUAUUAUGUUGCAUUUACUUGAUUUCUGUGAACUGUUAUUUAAGGGGGCUCAAAAUCAUGGCUGGUUAACAGACAACGUCUAGCCAGAAUGGGGUCUUGACCAGCCAACAACUCUGCUCGCCAGUCAUGUUGGCGGUUCACACAGACUCUUAUGUCGUGGACAAACAGCCAAAUCCUCACCUGCAAAUUUUAGAUUUUGUCUCUUUGUAAAAAUAGAAUCAUGUUCACUAACAGAAAAUUACAGAAGGAUUAGCUCACUUUUUUUCCAAGUUUUGACUAGUCAGAAAAUAAGAUUUGACCAAGCAAACAUUUUUUUGGCCGGUCAUCGUGUCGGGCCACUGUCCAAAAUUUAUUUUGAGCCCUGACUGAGGUAAUCCAAAUUCCUGUGUUUCUUACUACUUAUGGUGCAUGAGGUCUUGCUGCUUAUUUCAGUCUGUAAGAAGUAACAUUAUCAUAACCUUAACUCACCAGGACUUUUUAUGUUUUGCGUCCUGCCAAGUCCCAAAAGUGGCUAACAUCAAUUUUCUCCCAACAAUUUCAAAACAUCAUCAGGAGUAAAGGUUGGGAAAAUUACAUGUAACAGAAUGAUCACCAAAGGGAACAUGCUUUGACCUCUUAUCAAAUUCUCUAGUUUUAAGGAAAUGUGUCAGAUCGGUCUGGAGAAUUUGUAUGUGGAGAUUGGGGUUUGAAGGGUCAACUGUGUUACACAGUUUUAUUGGGAUUUUUUGUUAAUGUUAAUUCGGUGGAGUGCCUGUAAACUACCGGUAGCUUGAGCAGUUAACCCUUUAAGCCCCAAGAUCCACAUACAAAUUCUCCAGACUGAUCUCCAUACAUUUGUUUUAAGAAUAGUUGAGAGAAUUUGGUUUAAGAUCAUAGCAUUCUCUCUUUGGUAAUCAAUUUAGUGAUUCUCAUGACCUUUACUCUUGAUGAUCUGCUUAUGUUGUUAGGAGAAAAUUGAUGUUGGUCACUCUUUAGACUUGAAGGGUUAAUUAAUUUUACUUGUGUUUUUAUGAUGUUUUCAGAGCGGUACAAGUGGACAUGCCAUUGAGAAAAUUGUUAAAGUCUUGGAAAGUUGCCGAUGAGAACUGAAGAGCCAUGCAGAAGAACAAGAAACUUACAGUUUAAGCUUAGUGAUAAUAAUUAUUGAUAUUAUAAGUAUUACACUGUGUGUUUAUACUGUACAUAUUUGAUAUUAUUUGUUUCAUAACUGGAAUGUGGAAGUCUUUAACAAGUACAAAAGUGAAAACAGACUUUGCAAAAGUGAAUGGGAAUAUUACAAUUAUGAUAGUGUUGUAUGUAGUUAACUUAAUUAUGUGACUAAUUUGCCUGUGUCAUUCAUUGGCACCUCUUAAAUUUUGGUUUAAAUUUGAAACAGAGAACAUACUUUGCAAUCCUACAGAAGUUGAUUGUGAAUGGGAUGUAUUUAAUAAGUUAUAGAUCGGAAACUGACUUUUUUCACAAAUUUACAACAGCUUCAUUACAAUGAUAAUCCUGGUAAGUGGAGCAAAGCUCUAAAAAGAAUGAUAUUUAACAUAGUAGAAGUGUGACGUCCUAUAUUCACUUGGCAAACCAUUGCUUUAAGGAAUGACCAAUUUAGUAAUGUUAUUAAUGCUGGCCAUUUUAAAAUUUUUCAUUAGUUAUUCAGAUCCCAUUGUCUCAGACACAAAGUAUAGACUUUGUUUUUACAUUUUCAGUUAUAGGGUUGAAAGUGGAAAAAGAGUUUAUGACAAUAAUUUCACUUUCCUAAACCACACAUUCAUUAUACCACGGUCGCGCUACUUAGAUUCUACAAUAUAUAACAAUAAUAAUGUUAUUAUUAUUAUUAUGAUUAUUAUUAUUAUUAAUGGAAGACCCUCUAACAACAUAGGUGCUCAACAUAGCACAACAUAGGUGGAUUUGAUAAGGACUUUAAAAAUUUUCAAACUGUUGUAAAAUAUUUCCUUUUAUUACAGGGCUCAAAUCUCCUUUUAAUUCAUAACAGGUAAUUUGAGCCCUUAAAUGGGGAAGGGAAAGAUUUAACAACAGUUUAAAAAUUUCAGAAUUUACAAGGACUUGUAUGGAAAACCACUCAAGCAUGACUGGGUGGCAAGAGUUGUUUUUCUCAUACAAAUCCCUGUAAUUUUUGGCGGCCUUUGCAAUUGCCAGUUUUGAGAUAUGCAACAGAAAAUUUACAGGUUACCUAAUUUUAAUAUGCUCUUUCAGCUCAUGCUAACAAAAUUUUUCAAAAGCAAACUGUUUUCGUGUUUACCAAAAGUUGAUCGGACAAUCAACUGAUGUAAAAGACCUGUUGUUAGCUGUUCUAAAUCCAAUGCAUAAGUUUCAAGUUUUUAAUAACAUGUAAAUAUCUUUUAGCAUUCAAAACCACUAAAAAAUUGAUGCAGCC